CGGCAGCAGCAGCAGCAGCAGCAGCAGCAGCAACAGCAACAGCAACGCUAGCAGCGACGUCAGCAGCGGCGGUGCGAAUUCGGUGUGAAUUUUUCUAUAAACUCAGGCCCGCCCUUAUGCUGGCCAACAUUCGCGCUUGUGAUACGGAGCAUAAGGCCGCUAUGUGAGCGCUGCCAAAACCAAAGUCUGACCUUCACACACCGUCAAAAUUUGCACAACUCUUGCCACGAGAACCGGUAGCAGCCGACAAACAAACAAACAACGAAACAAACAACCAACCAAACAAACAAGUAGAAAAACCAAAUAACAAUCAACUAACUGCGAACAGCAAUCGACACAAAAGUUCCUAAAUCAAAGUCUCAUUUUCUACGCGCACACAAGUUCCUAAGUAGCAAAAAGCCAGCAAAACCAGCGCAACAGCAACAUCACAGCAGCAACAUCAGCCAAAAACAGCAACAUGACAGCACUGGGAUUAGUUUUGCUAUCAAUGAUGGGCUAUAGCCAGCACAUGCAGCAUGCGAAUUUGGGCGAUGGAGCGGCCACCGCUCGACUUCUGUCCCGCUCCGACUGGGGGGCCCGCCUGCCCAAGUCCGUGGAGCACUUCGAGGGUCCCGCCCCCUACGUGAUCAUCCACCACUCAUACAUGCCGGCGGUGUGCUAUAGCACUCCCGACUGCAUGAAGAGCAUGCGCGACAUGCAGGACUUUCACCAGCUGGAGCGCGGUUGGAACGACAUCGGCUAUAGCUUCGGCAUCGGCGGCGAUGGCAUGAUAUACACCGGAAGGGGAUUCAACGUUAUCGGAGCUCAUGCACCCAAGUACAAUGACAAGAGCGUGGGCAUCGUGCUGAUCGGAGAUUGGAGAACUGAACUGCCGCCCAAACAGAUGCUGGACGCGGCCAAAAACCUGAUCGCCUUCGGCGUGUUCAAGGGUUACAUUGACCCCGCGUACAAGCUGCUGGGCCACCGACAGGUUCGUGACACCGAGUGUCCCGGAGGCAGGCUGUUCGCGGAGAUCUCCGGCUGGCCGCACUUUACCCACCUAAACGCCACCGAAGGCAGCACCCCCGUCCCCAUUGAACCGCACGCACAUCCCCAGGCGGCGUCCCAAACGCCACUCCAAUUGCCACCCCAAUCGCCACCCCAUGCCCCGGCAGCUGCGCCCAAGGUCUAGUUAGGGUCUGGGACCCUGGGACCCUCAUCCCUCGCAAAACAGCUUAAGAGAAGCCACAACAAGCUCGGCUCCCCGCACAACGCCAAGGAGUUCAUUCAGUAUUCAUUAGAUGUCUCUUCGAACAUUUCACAAAUAAAGCAAUUUCUAGAUGAUAACACUUAAACAUAA